CGUCGUGUCUCUCCAAUGGGCAACCGGCCUUGCGCGUCGCGAGCGCGACGAGGGAAGCCGGUGCCGCAUUUGGGAAGCGCUAGAGCUGUGCGGCGGCGCGGGCAUGGAAUUUCCGUGCUGGCGCCUCAUGCGUUUCCGGGGAAUGCAUUGCAAUUGCAAUGGUUGAUACUCCUCCGUCUGGCCUGUGAUCGUUCUUCCCGGUUUGGAGUUUGGACAAGAGAAGGAGAAACGAAAGAUGGGAGACACCAAGAAGAAAUGCCUGGGGCGAUUCGAGACCUCCUACAUGAGGGCGAUGGCCCCUCCGGAGCCUUCGGACUAUCCUCCACGCACUCGAGACUAUGGUCAGUACAUGAAGGUGCUAAACAACAUCGAGAUGAACAAGAAGUUCCAGUUCCCGAUGGGCCUCCCGAAAUACAAGUAUGAUUUCUGCGAUGAGAAGUAUCCUCUCCCCGGAGAGAAGAAGAAACCAUCCAAGCCGCCGCUUAAGUACAAGCCGAGUUGUCCACAGUACGCACCAUACCACUCGACGAUGCAAGACAUGAGUUUGAUCCAGCGACGCCUUGACACGGAGCCCGAGCAGGAGCAUACGUGGUACCGUGACAAGACGGACAGCAUGCAAAUGAAGAAGCUUGGGCAGAUUAAGGAGCAGCUUGACAGUCUCAAACAGUUGUUUGUGGAGGAGCGGGGGAAGUGCCAGGAUCUGGAGGUACAACUCGAGCGUUUGAGGGCGAAGUCUUCUCAGACACCGAGGAGGAGAGAAGUGGGCAUUAGCGGCAGUAGGGAGGAGACUCCACGGAUCAACGAGAGGCUCCUCAAGUCGUCGGAGGCCGACAAGGUUCUCUCUUGGCUGGCGACUUUUGACGAAGGUGGUGGUGGUGGAAGUUAUGGCAACAAUGCGUCGACCGCCGUCGCAAGCACGGUUUUUGAUAAGCAGAAGUCGCCGCGAAAGACGUGGGCUUUCAAGGACCAGGUCUGCUUGCCGGGAUUUCAUCAUUCCAGAGAGAAGGUAAUGCAAGCAUGGAUGGGAUUUGAGCAAGGUGAAAAGGAAACUAUUGGUGAUUACAGUGAAAGGUUUUGGAAGCUACGGAUGGAGAUGAUGGGGGUGCAGUCGCUGAGCAACGAGGAGCAGCUUCGCAGGUUCACUGCUGGGCUCAAGUUUAAGAUCAGAAAUGAGGUGACUGCCUUGAGGCCGGGUUCUCUGUCCGAUGCUAUACUGCUAGCUGAGAGAGCUGAGGCUCGGAGCGCUGCCAAAACUAGGCCGACUCGAGCCAAGUCGAAGAAGCUCCCGAUGAAAGCUAGCGUGAUUGCAGAGACAGCGGGAAAGAAACCGGGGCAGCUCCAGUUGCUAAGUCCGGUGGAGCAAAUACAGUACUUAAAUCGUCACAGCUCUUGCGGGUGUAGGAAGGAGGAUCUGCCUCCCGAGGACCAAAAGCAGCAGCAGUAGAUGGCUCUUCCAAAGAAUGUUGCUUCCUAGCGGCUCGAAAAUAAAUGGACAAAGAAGUUCAACAA